CUAGCGGCUUUGGAAGCGAAGUGUGACCACGGGCAGUCUUCGCACGGGCUUGUUCUGCGAAAGCCCCCAGCAUCUGCAGGGUUGGUCGCCACUCGAGAUCGCCGAGCUGCUCUUCGCUGGUCUUUGAAAUAUAAUCGCAAUUGCAAAUCACUACAACGCAGUUCGUAACGCAGUUCCUUUGUUUAAUCAGUAAAACGCAGCCCAGCUGCAAUAAUAGACCGUCUGAAGGAAUCGCUGCGAACAAUAGAAUCAGUGUCAAGUGACUAGUGAAAUACCAGGAUUUAUAGAAGAUGGUUAAACUGGGAAUUAAUUUACAAGACAAAGGCAGCAAACCGGCCAGCGCGGAGGAUGGAUUUCAGGCUGUGCCCCUCAUCACGCCCCUGGACGUGAACCAUCUCCAAUACCCGGCGCCAGAUAAGGUCGUGGUCAAAACCCGAACUGAGUAUCAGACUGACCAGAAGAAUAAAGGCAAGCUGAAGCUUCCAAAGGUGGAGGAACUCACCAUAAGCUUCAACGAUGGUGUGUCAGAAAGACUUAAGGUCACCAUCCUCAUUGUAUUGGCCCUGGCGUUCCUGGCCUGCAUCGUUUUCCUCGUGGUUUACAAGGCCUUCACCUAUGACCCCAGCUGCCCCGAUGGUUUUGUGUACAAGCAUAAGCGCUGCAUACCUGCCUCACUGGAGGCUUACUAUACCGCGCAGGAUCAGAACACCAGGGGGCGCUUCUACACAGUUAUUAGUCACUACAGCAUGGCGAGGCAGGCCACCGCCCACUCCACUUCGCCUUGGCUCUCUGCCUCCGCCCAACAUAACCCCAAACCGCCGAUCAAGGACGGCCACUGAAUAUAUCUGAGUACCUGUUUCAUCUCUGGUUUGCUAGCGGUAGGACUCUAGUAAAAAAAGGGAAAGGUGGAUUGAAUUAUAAUCUGUUCCUUUUAUUAGUGAUGGACAAAAUGACUCCUCAUAAACCAUUUGCUGUAUUUUUGACAUUACUUGAUGGUGCUCUUGGUUUGGGACAUACUUUGUCUCCUUUUUUGAACAGAGAGCGCCAUCUAGUGGGGUCAAAAAAUACAGCAAAUGGUUCAUGAAGCAUCAUUUCAUCCAUCACUACUUUUUACCAAAUCGUCGGGAAAUGUCUCUUGUCUAAAAGAGAUUUCUUUUUCAUUCCACAAUGACCACCUGUUCAGGACUGUUUAAGACCAAUUAGCCAUAUAUGCCAGCUGGAUUAAGUUGUAGAUGUAAUUUUCAGUAUGAGUAAUUGAGUUUAGGAUGGUUAAUGAAAAUGGUACCUUGAUUUGUAUGUAAUAUAUGUAAAAACAUCUUGGGUAGUUUUGUCAUGUUCUGUCUUUGCAUUGUAUAUUGUUAGAACUGUAUAUGUUUCUCUGGAAGUGUGGGAUUUGUUUAAAGGUGCCAAAGGAGAAAUGUUAAACCAGAUACAAAAUGCUAGUAAUAAUGGUUUAGGAGAGCUGAGGGUUCAAACAAUCGAGUUUAACUGAACGCGCCUUUUAAACGAUCACUUUGCAGGUUCAGUUUCUUUAGCCAAGUUAAUUAAAAAUGAUAAUUUAAAUGAGUUUAAAGCGAACAAUUUUCUCAAUAUCCGUGGUGUCAUGUAUCCAUAUUUAGCAGUCUUGAGAGUUUUUAAGCUUGUGUCUCUUUAUUACAAAUAAAAAUAGUGUGUCCAAUGUA